AUGAAUCCCAUUGAUGCUCUAGAAAACCCCUCCCUGCACAACCCUAGCUUAGAGCUAGAGUUACAUGAUUUCAUGGAUGGUGCCAACUUUGAUCAGUUUUUCAAUCUAAUCCGUGAGAAUGAUCAAAACCCUGUCGUGGAUCGUUUCGAUUGUGAUCAUGAUAAUAAUCACUUUAUUACUAAUGGCUGCUUAAUUGAUAACCAAUUCGGUCCGACGACCCCUGGUGAUAUGUUUGGCUUUAAUAUUAAUUCAUUGCUCCCAAGUUUUGAAGGGGAAAAGAAAGAGGUUCCAGAAGAAGAUAUUAAUGGUAGGGACGACUCUUCAGGAACAAGUAUGACAACAACUACAACUAAGAGGGUGAAGAACAUUGACAAAUCAAGAACUUCGAUUUCUGAGCGAAGGAGGAGAGGGAGGAUGAAGGAGAAGCUCUAUGCGUUGCGAGCCUUGGUUCCGAAUAUAACUAAGAUGGAUAAGGCAUCCAUUGUUGGGGAUGCUUUGCAGUAUGUGUAA